AUGCCUCGUCAACGUCGUGGUGCCGCCCCUGCGCCGACUCCGGCUCGCAGCGCUCCCACUAGACCUACUGCUGCUCCUCCGCGCCCAGCAACGGCUCCGCAGCAGCAGCAGUACCAGCCUCACUCGACCGCUGCUCAUCCGUCGCAGAGCCAGCAACACGCUCCUCAUCCGCCUCAAGUCCAGCAGAGCCAGGGUCCUGGUCUCUUCGGCCAGAUGGCGUCGACCGCAGCUGGUGUCGCAGUCGGUUCCUCUAUCGGCCACGCCAUCGGUGGUAUGUUCUCCGGCGGCUCCAGCGCCCCCGCUGAGCCGCAGCAAGCCGCUCCCGCCGACGCCCAGCCCAUGGACAACGGACUUUGGCAGAGCAACGCCGCUACCCAGUCUUACGAGAACACCCCUUGUGCUACCGACAUCAAGAACUUCCGUCAGUGCAUGGAUGACCACCGGGGUGAUAUGAGCAUCUGCGGGUGGUACUUGGAUCAACUGAAAGCUUGCCAAGCUGCUGCUAAGCCCUACUAG